AUGAGUGCCCGGACUACUACGAGAGCCUUCGGUGCUCUGCGCCCCCUCGGCCGCACCUCGACGCCGCUGGCUUUCCGCCCCCGCCACUACUCUGCGUCUGCCGAGCCCGACCUGAAGGCCACACUUAAGGAAGUCAUCCCGGCCAAGCGCGAACUGCUCAAGAAGGUCAAGGCCAAUGGCAGCAAGGUCAUUGGUGAUGUCAAAGUUGAGAACACGCUUGGCGGAAUGCGCGGCCUCAAGGCCAUGCUGUGGGAGGCCAGCGUGGUCGACCCCGAGGAGGGCAUCCGCUUUCACGGCCGUACCAUCAAAGAUUGCCAGCGCGAGCUUCCCAAGGGCACGACCGGCACGGAGAUGCUGCCUGAGGCCAUGUUCUGGCUGCUGCUGACGGGCCAGGUCCCUUCGACUGCCCAGAUCCGCGCCUUCUCGCGCGAGCUAGCCGAGAAGUCCGAGCUGCCUGCCUUUGUCAACAAGAUGCUCGACGAUCUCCCGGCGGACGUGCACCCCAUGACACAGUUCUCGAUGGCCGUAUCGGCGCUGAGCCACACUUCCAAGUUCGCUGCUGGCUACGCCGCCGGCCUGAACAAAGCCGACUACUGGGAGCCUACGUUCGAUGACUGCAUCAGUUUGCUGGCCAAGCUGCCCACCAUCGCCGCCAAGAUCUACCAGAACGCCUACAAUGGCGGCGGAGCCCUGCCGGCCAAGGUCGACCCCAACCAGGAUUGGUCAUACAACUUCGCUGCGCUGCUCGGCAAGGGCGGCAAGGAGCACGAGGAUUUCCAGGACCUGCUCCGUCUGUACCUCGCCCUCCACGGUGACCACGAGGGCGGCAACGUCUCGGCCCACGCCACCCACCUGGUCGGCAGUGCCCUCAGUGACCCCUUCCUGAGCUACAGCGCCGGUCUGCAGGGUCUGGCUGGCCCGCUGCACGGUCUGGCGGCCCAGGAGGUGCUCCGCUGGGUCCUCCAGAUGAAGGACGCCAUCCCCGCCAACUACACGCCCCAGGACGUCAAAGAUUACCUAUGGUCGACCCUCAACUCGGGCCGUGUCGUGCCUGGUUACGGCCACGGUGUGCUGCGCAAGCCCGACCCGCGCUUCGAGGCCCUCAUGGACUACGCGGCCACCCGCCCCGCCAUCUCGGCCAACCCCGUCUUCGCCAUCGUCAGAGCCAACAGCGAGAUCGCUCCUGGCGUCCUCAAGGAGCACGGCAAGACCAAGAACCCCUACCCCAACGUCGACUCGGCCUCGGGUGUCCUGUUCCAUCACUAUGGUUUCCACGAGACCCUCUACUACACGGCCACCUUCGGUGUCUCGCGCGGUCUGGGCCCUCUGGCCCAGCUCGUCUGGGACCGCGUCCUGGGCCUGCCCAUUGAGCGCCCUAAGAGCAUUGACCUCAAGGGCCUGCUUGAGCUGAUCGAGAAGAACUAA